UCCUACACACACACACACACACACAAGGAUGAUAGAAAGGGAAGACGUAAUGGAGUGUUCCUGAGCGUCCUUGCGAUGAAAAUCACUUUAGUAUUCGACAGUAUUCGCGGACGGGAGUUGCAAUGAAGGCGGGGGCCUCCUCAAUGUGGGCGUCAUGUUGCGGGCUGCUGAACGAGGUGAUGGGAACAGGAGCGGUGCGCACUCAGCAACCAGGCUUUGGAGCCGGAGCUGGGCCGUUCCGCUUUGCCCCCAGCGCUGGUUACUCCACCUACCCACCCAGCAGCACCUCCUCAGGAAGCGCAGGCCUGGCGUGCAAAGCCUGCGGACUGGCCUUCUCCGUGUUCAGACGAAAGCAUGUUUGCUCAGACUGCAAGAAGAGCUUCUGCUCGCUGUGUUCUGUGCUGCAGGAGAACCUGCGGCGCUGCGCCACCUGCCACCUGCUGUGGGGCACGGCCUUCCAGCGGCCCAGGUUAAUGCGGCUCCGUGUUAAAGACCUGCGGCAGUACCUCACGCUGCGAAACAUCAACACGGACACCUGCAGGGAGAAAGAGGACCUGGUGGACCUGGUGCUCUGCCAUCUGGGCGCCGAGCUGGAGAUGGGGGAGGAUGAUGAGGAGGAGGAAGAAGAGGAGGCGGAAGCGGACACGGACAGUCUGCCCUCACUUCCGCACUCUCUCUCCACGCCGCCCGCCUCCACGGCACGAUCCUCCUCCCAGCAGUCGGCGCUGUCUGUAGCCGCGUCUCAGGGAGAGGCUCUCAGUCACAGUGAUAGCUCAGGGACAACCAAUCAGGACCAUGCAGAUGCUGCAUCAGUUUCCCUCCUCAACCUGGAGCCUCAUGACAACAUACUGGAGGCCAGCCCAGCGACGCAGAGACGUGCACGUGCCUCCCUCUCGGACCUGUCCCACGAGGAUGACAUCGAGAGCCUGACGGUGCGGCAGCUGAAAGAGAUUCUCGCUCGCAACUUCGUCAACUAUUCAGGCUGCUGUGAGAAAUGGGAGCUGGUGGAGCGCGUCCAUCGUCUCUACAGAGAGAACCAACUCAACAGAAGAUCGAUGGAAAAUGUUAGCAACAGCCUAGCUGCAGAUGGUGUGCAAGUAGCUCAGCUGGGCGGCGUUGAUGAGAACCUGUGCCGUAUCUGCAUGGAUGCCGUGAUAGACUGCGUUCUGCUGGAGUGCGGUCACAUGGUCACCUGCACCAAGUGUGGCAAGAGGAUGAGCGAGUGCCCCAUCUGCAGGCAGUACGUGGUGCGGGCGGUGCACGUCUUCAAGUCUUAACGGGUGAGCAUCACCUCUACUGGAAGACCAACACACCAGAUGCUUCCUGCUUGACCGAGCAGGCUGGGGCCACGACUGGACCAAUGAACUGCCCCUUUAGAUUCAAAGUGGUGGAAACCAGUACUGCGCACACCUUCUUCACAGAGCGAGCAUUUCCUGCUGCCCAUUUUUAUUUGGUCAUUCAUUGGCACGCUUGAAAUCGUUUCUGCGGUUAGGGAAGAAAGGGAUUUUAGAGGAAUAACGUAUAAAAAAGAUGAAAGUUUAAGUGGUUUACAGUACAUUCCUGUAAACUUUUUGGAAAUGUCUUAUUGUAUGUGCAAUAUUAGAAAUCUUUAAGUGUGCGUGUAGAGAAACCGAUUGCCAUUAAGAAGCAUGUUGUCGUAGCAACAGUGAAAACCAUUGCCGUGAAGGGGGAAGGUACUGUAGGUGCCAAAAUAGAAAUGUGCAGAACGGCUUCUGGAUUGUUUUUACAUGCUAUAUGAUUAAUAAGCGUGUUGUUUUCAUGUAUUAAAUCGGCUAUUGCCAUACCACAAAUCAGCAUCCAUGACACCGGAUCAAAUGACCAACUAGCAGAAGAGUUAUUUAUAGCAAGUUGAUAGAAACUGUAUUGUAUUUUUUCACAGAGUCACUGGAAUCCAGCACCUGCCACUAUGUAGCUUAUUACUGGAACCUCAAUUAUUUUAUUUUUUUUAUCAAAUUUUGCAGAAUCUGCCGAACGUCAGGCGUGUGGUUGGUUUGUCUCCAUUGUGCUGUGUAUACAAGAUAAUUAAAGGUGUGCCAAGUCAUUUUCGAUUAAUUAAAAGUGUCAGAUAAUAGGGUGAUUACCCAGGUAAAUGUCAUGUGAUCUCAACAUUAAGGAAUGUUCACCUUUGUAGAUCAAAAGCACUAUAGAAGUUGGUCAAAUGUCUUAGUGCACCUUUAAACCUUGGUUGGUUUUGUUAGCAAAAUAUUUUCCGUUUUCAUUGUUGGUCAAAAGUUUUGAUUUCAAUGUUCUUCAUCUCCAGCAAUACCAUGAAAGAUGUCUGUUUUUUUUGUGGGUGUGUCGUGUUGAUUUCACAAGCGGUGCUACAUGGAUUUAUGUAUCACAGUUCUCUAUUGCAUUCGUGAUUUUACUUGCGUUUCUUUCCCUUUUUGUGCAUAUUUACAUUUUCUAGAUAACGAUAAGAUAAAGAGGAAAAUAAAUUGUUAUUUGAUUCCUCUGGAUGCCCUUUGUUGCUGUGAAUUCUCUAGUCAAAUUCAAGUUAUGAUGUCUGUGGUAUUGGCUAGACAAACAAAUAUAAAGGAAAAUUUAAUCAAACGUAUAUGAUUUUAUAUACAUGUGAAAAAAGACAUACACAAAGUAGGCUAUAUGGAUAGGCUAUAUUUUCCUCUGUUGUCCAGUUUUUCUUGCAUUUUCUUUUAAAAUGUUUCUUCAGCGUUCCAGUUUUUUCCUUGAAUGUAAACAACAUUGAUGUAGUUGUUUAUCUUUUUAAUCGGUCACAAAUAAUACUACAGUAGAUUUGGUUACAUUCUGGUGUCACAACCAUGUAUUUCUAUAAUCAGACUGUUUUUCAUUUGCUUCUAGAACAUCUCCACACCCGUCUGCCCAACACUGACACUGUGCUUAUGUGUAUGUUUCUAAUGCUGCUAUCUCUAAAAGAUGUCACUUGGUAGUAGGCAACUACUCUAGCUGAGCAGACAACGGACACGAUUACAGUCUAAACGACUUAAACUGAGCGCUGGAAGGCGUUUUGGGGUCUGGUCUUUGUAUUUUGGAAUGUUGAACUUUUUAUUUUGGUAAUUCAAAGAUGAUUUAUUAAAUUUAAUAAAAUAUGGUAC